GUGCAACCCAUAAAGUCCAAAGAAAAGGCCCAGAUCCAUUUACUACUUAAAACCUUCUGUUAACCCUGUUUUCUUCCCUGAAGGCAGCAGCCGUAACAUAAAACCCUAGCACUUUCUCUGGUUCUCAAAAUUUUGCGCCUUUUAAGCUUCGAUCAUGAGUAAGCUUCAGAGUGAAGCUGUGAGAGAAGCUAUAUCUGGGAUCGCAAAUGAUUCCAAGGAGAAGAAUCGCAAGUUUACUGAGACAAUUGAACUCCAGAUUGGACUGAAGAAUUACGACCCACAAAAGGACAAGCGUUUCAGUGGCUCUGUUAAGUUGCCACACAUCCCUCGCCCCAAGAUGAAAGUCUGCAUGCUUGGAGAUGCACAACAUGUCGAAGAGGCUGAGAGGAUUGGUUUGCAAUGGAUGGAUGUAGAAGCAUUGAAGAAACUGAACAAGAAUAAGAAGUUGGUUAAGAAGCUUGCAAAGAAAUACCAUGCGUUCCUUGCAUCUGAAGCAGUUAUUAAGCAGAUUCCGCGUUUGCUCGGUCCCGGUCUUAACAAGGCUGGUAAGUUCCCUACUCUAGUCACCCACCAAGAACCCCUAGAGAACAAAGUUAACGAGAUCAAGGCAACUGUGAAGUUUCAGCUUAAGAAAGUUCUCUGCAUGGGAGUUGCUGUUGGUAAUCUUAGUAUGGAGGAGAAGCAGAUAUUCCAAAAUGUGCAAAUGAGCGUCAACUUCCUUGUCUCAUUAUUGAAGAAGAAUUGGCAAAAUGUUCGAUGCUUGUACCUGAAGAGCACCAUGGGCAAGCCAUACCGCAUCUUCUAAAUCAGUCUCUUGACCGUUUUUGGUUGAUGGUUUAGGAGUUGAAGUUUUGUUUGUUGGCUUUUUUUAUAUUGUCUCUUUGUAGUUCAUUGACGAUGUGAGUUGAGAUGUUGUCUUUAAGCAAGAAUUUUGAAGAAAGAUAUUAAAUGUAUUGUUAGUCUGUUACACAAUUAUGUUUGCCAAACUAGAUCAGCUCAGUUCUGAAAAAAUAAUUUGUUUGAUAA